CAAGGCAGCCUUCCGUCAUGACAGCUCUCCUCCUGGUGGCGCUGGCGGCCGCAGCAGCGCCCUCUCGCGCCCACGAGAUCCUGUGGGGUUCGUGUCCCUCCGUCGAGCCCGUCGCCGACUUCGACAUGGAGCGGUUCUCAGGUUUAUGGUACUUGAUCGAGAAGUUCGACAACGACGAGAGCUGCGUCACGUGGAACAUCAGCAAAGGGUCGGAGCCGAACAGCUGGGUCCUCCUCGAGCGAAAGGGCUCGGGGUUCCUCUCCACGGUGGGCCUCGACCAGGAUGACCUCCACACGGCCGCCAUCACCCUCGAUCCGGGGCGUCCGGGGGUCAUGCAAAUCAGCUGGCGUCUCAACAUCGUGGGGAGUUACCAGAUGACCGUCCACUCCACGGACUACGAUCGCUUCGCCGGCGCCUUCGAGUGUCAGCAAGUGGCCCUCUUUCAGCGUCAGCAAGCGACGGUCCUCUCGCGCAAACCCAACCUGCAGAUCGACCUCAGGCAGAUGGCCCGUCUAGACCGCGGGGAUAUCCGUGUGGAGUACUACAGGCCGGUCUACCACGGCGGCUGCGGCUACGACGGGUCCUCGAUCUCAGCAGGAGCAGGGAGCAGCGAUCCAGGGCCUCUGGGCGUUCCUCCGGGCGGUUCCUUCGGCGAUCUGAUUCAGUAGCGGUGGCGACGUCUGGGGCCGUGGCGCUCCGAGAUUUCUUUUUCUUUAGAGUUGGUGGUUAGGAAAUUUUUUUUUGCUUUCUUGUGAGUUUUAGUUUUUUGUUCUGAAAGGGUUGAUUUAGCUAUAUUGGCGUUUUGUGAUUAUAUAUACAUAUAUAUAUACACACAUACGUACAUACAUACAAAACACACACGUACAUACGCACAUGCAUAGUAGCACACGCGCACGCACACGCACACACAAACACAAACACAAACACAAACAUAAACACACACACACACACACACACACACACACACACACACACACACACACACACACACUAUUUCUCAGUAGCAGCCGUAUACUUAUAAAAUAUAAUUGAACCAAAUGUCUUGCAAAAAUUAUUCCCAGUGAAAAAUCUGCCAAAAUUAACGACAAAACAUUUAGCUCUGAGAGUGUGUUCAAAAUGGCAGCGAUUUAUGGAUGAAUUUAUGAAUUAUGAACUUUAGUAUCUUUGAUGUUCAUUAUCUGUCACUUAAAAUAUAUGCGCACA